AUGGCCUUGAUCCCCUCGUUCGGCCUGGGCUCCAUCCUCCAGGUCAGCGUCCUGAUGCUGAACGCCAUCGCCAUCCUGUCGGAAGACCGCUUCCUCGCACGCAUCGGCAUGUCGUCCACGACGCACGACCCGGCAUUCGGCGCCGGACCGGGCGGCGACCAGAGCUUCAAGUACAAGCUCAUGAACAUGAUCGCCAGCGUGCGCAUGGUCACGAGGAUUCCGCUCAUACUUGUAAAUACGUUGAUAAUAAUCUACGAGCUCGUGUUGGGUUGA